AUGCUCCGCAAUUUCUCCAGGGCCUUCUCCCGCUCGAUCCCAAAGCUCGACACCUUAGUCCUCGUCGAAGCCGCAGGCGGCAAAAUCACCCCUGCUUCUUUGUCCACCGUCACAGCAGCCUCCCAAAUCGGCAAGCCUACCAUAGCCUUGGUCGCUGGUCCAGAUGGUGAGUCCGUGGUCGGAGAUGUGGCCACGAUCGAAGGCAUCUCCAAGGUGUUGGUAGCCAAGGGCUCUCGCUACGACCACUAUUUGGCAGAAGAAUUGUCUCCAUUGAUCAAGCUGAUCUUGGAGUCUUCUGACCAAUGGACCCAUUUCUUGACUCCAGGGUCUGCUGUGGGUAAGUCAGUGUUACCUCGUGUUGGUGCACUCUUGGACACCCAGCCUGUAUCUGAGAUCAUCAAGGUGGAGUCCGAAGACACCUUUGUGAGGCCAAUCUAUGCUGGUAAUGCUUUGGCUACUGUCAAGUCCAACGAGAAGUUGAAGCUUGCUUCUGUCAGAGGCUCUGCAUUUGCUCCAGCCAAGCUUGGGGCCAGUGCUGUGGCCGUGGAGGAUGUGGCUGAGGUGGAGUCUCAAAACAGAACCGAAUUUGUGGGUGAAGAAUUGGUCACUUCCGAGAGACCAGAAUUGGCUUCUGCCUCCAAGGUUGUUUCUGGAGGACGUGGGUUGAAGAACAAGGAGACCUUCGAGGCCUUGAUCGAGCCUUUGGCUGCCAAGUUGAACGCAGCUGUGGGUGCCACUCGUGCUGCUGUCGAUUCGGGUUACUGUGACAACUCCUUGCAAGUGGGACAAACUGGUAAGGUUGUGGCUCCAGAAUUGUACGUGGCAGUUGGUGUAAGUGGUGCUAUCCAGCACUUGGCUGGUAUGAAAGACUCCAAGACCAUUGUGGCCAUUAACAAGGACCCUGAAGCUGCCAUUUUCAACGUUGCCGAUAUCGGCUUGGUGGCAGACUUGAACGAGGCUGUUCCUGAGUUGACCAAUAAGUUGUGA